AGUGGUCGUGAUUGUCUCUGUGGUAUCCACUUUUGAUGUAACCAAUGAUUUCUCAAACAAUCUUGGUGCCGAGAUCUACACAAAGUUUUAUAGAAACCCUUACCUGGUACUCAUUAAUGGUGUGUCUCAUUCAGUCAAAGCAGUUAACAUGUUUCUCACACAGGCAGACUCUCUGGGAUUUACAAACCAUAUAGGUGAGAGAAAUAAUAAAUAUUUUAUCACACCAAGCUCAGCUAAAUAACUUUAUUCAAUGAUUAGCCCUAAGAUUUGAUUUUUGAUGAUGAACCAGAUCUACAACUUGAAAUUAUUUGAUCCAGAUGAUGGUUAGCACUAAAAUUUUAUUUUUUAUUAAUUAUUUGCUUAACUAGAUCUACAAUCUAUUUUAAACUUUUAAGAAACCUUUACAAAAAAUGUAUAUUACCAGACAUCGAUGAAUGCUCGUUGACGCCAACAGUUUGUGGGCAACUUGAGAGAUGCAACAAUAGGGUUGGACCCCUUGGAAGCUUUGUGUGUAGCUGUAUUAGUGGUUACCAACGAGUUACAUCCGAGUCCCAGUGCACUGGUGAGUUGUCUACAAGCGCGGGCACAUGAGGAAUGGGGCCUCAGAAGCUCAUUUCAAUAUGACAAAUAUAAUGGAAAGCUAACAUCACUUAUUCUAAUGAGCAUUAAAUACAUCAUCUUUGUUACAGCCUUACAUCUGCAUAGCAUUACAAUAUCCUUACAAAAGUAAGAAAACAUGUUUUUGUAUCUGCCUUGGUAGAUGUUGAUGAAUGCCUUCAAACCAACCUUUGUACUGGUACAUCAGAGCAGUGUGUUAACACGCCUGGCAGCUACAUCUGUGAUUGCAUCAGUGGCUACACUAGGAGGUCACCACAGGACCCUUGCACAAGUAAAUAUCAUGAGUUGAUGUCAAUUUUUUAUCUAGUAAAAAUUCAUAACGAUGGAAUAUAAAAGUAAAGAUGAAGUACGAUUGAUUUUUUUUUUUUAAACGGACAGAAAGUGAAGUAAUAAUACUUAUAAAAUUUUCAUUCUUAGAAAUUCACAGUCAAUAUUUUUUUAAUACAAUACCCCCUCUUCAGAUUUCAACCGCACACAACAGAGCUUGUACCCUUACGGCGCUGACAAAGGUGAUACAAAAUUGUCCCAAGACAGAUAUGCCAUCAGCAAUGCCGUAGUGUUUGAAAAUGGCCUUCCAUUUGGAAGUGAGAAGCAUUAUAAUCUUUAUGUAAGUUGAAAAUAAACUCUGUCAACCUUUAUCAAAGUUCAAUUUCUCAUUAUGUGAUGGCCAUGGGCGCCUGCAGAAAACUUUCUAGGGGGGCAAAAAAAUCGAUUAACUUUCCGGGGGGGGGGCAAAAAAUUUUUAGUAAUAUUUUAAUGUAGUUUUAAUAUACCGUAGCGUAUUUGUAUGGUGAAUGAACGGACAGGACAUCAGCUUAGUUACUUUCUCUUUAUUUUCUUUUUACUUUAAUACAUUUUUUUCUAAAAAAAUUUUAUCCAAUCAAUCGGGGGGGGGAGGGGGGGGGAUGCCCCCCCUUGCCACCCCCUGCGGGCGCAUGGUGAUGGCUGUGAGAUAUUAGGAAAUUGAUUUAAUUACUUUUAGUCAUAAAUUCUCUGUUUGGUCUAAAGUGAUAUUUAAGAAGUCUUGUUGGUAUCAAUCAUGAUAAUUUUAUAAUAAUUUUGUAAGCAUUAAUGAUGAACAAAAAAUGAUAAAAACCCCUAAAAUUUUAAAUACUGAGCCUGAAAACACAUUUCCAUUGUUACAUUAAGCGCUCGUUUAAUGAGAAGGAGGGAGACAAGCCGAGCAAGAAAAAAAAAUUGUUCCCCUGUAUAAAUACAGGUACCAUUUGUUUAGUUAUCAGUUGAGCUUACACAGGCUUCAAAAAAUGUAUUCAUAGGAAACCUGUUUCAAUUAUAUAUUUUUAUCUUCUGUAGGUGUCUAACAAUGGUAUGAUCAGUGUCGGCACACCACAACAGUAUUGGUACUGGGGUGAGCUCAGCUACCGGUUCGGCUAUGGACACAAAAUUAUUUGUCCUUUCAUGACUGACAUAAAAGUGGACAAUGGUAAGUAGUGUAUGGCUUGACAUGUAAAUAGUUUUACAUAUACAUUUGUUUUGUUUUAUUUAAAUAAUGUAUGUUAAUUAAUUUUUAAAGUUUUUUAUUAUGUACGUUAAAUUGUAUGUACAGUGUGGUGAGCCACACUAUAUAAAACCACUUAAAAUAAUAAUAAUGAUAAUAUAUUCAUGACAUUUAAAGUAAAAAAAAUUAGUGUUUUUAAAAAAAAAUUCAUUUCAUUUAUUUAUUAUUUAUCAUGACAUAAAUAACCAUUUAGGAUAUUUUAACCAAAGUGGAAAGCAAAGCUAAUUUCUAAAAAAUGAAAAACAACUUUAAAAGGAGAUUUUUCUAAAUCGAAGCUAAUCUAGUUGUGUGAUAACAAACUACAUUGACUAGGAAAUCACAAGCUAAACACACAAAAAAAACUGCCUUUGUGUCAUAAAAUCUGUCCUUGCCUAAGUAGUCACAAAAGCAAUAUUUAUGUAAAAUUUCUUUUAUAGUAAACGUGUAUUUUACACGAAAAUUUCAGGUUCUGAAAUCCUGUACCACCUGUAUAAGAAAAGCACCGAUAGUGGUCCGACUCAGGCAAAUGUCAACACUGUGUUACAACGGGCCAGUGCAGAUGUCUUUGAUAACUUUGGCAUUGCGGGCUUUAACCCCAAGUAUGUUUUUGUGGCAACGUGGGUCAGAGUGGAAAGCCAAGUUGACUACUACUACUAUGGCUACUACUACGGCAGGUUCAGAAGACAGGCGGUAUGUUGGGUGUAACACAAGCCAUUCAACUUUUAAAGCCACGCAUAUUUGUAAACUUUAGCAGUUACAAAUUGUAUAAUGUAAUUAAAGGAAAGAAUAAGUGUAAACUUGGGAAAAGCAUUUUAGCUACAGUGAAACACAGAGCCAUUCAUUUUAUAUGUGUCAUGUGUAAUGAAUGUUAACGACUUCCUUUUUGAAUUUGUCAUCUCCGAGUUGAUUUCAAAUAUUGUAGAAUGAUUGUAUUGACUGUUUUAAGUUUGUGGGACACUAUUAAAAUAGAAUGUGAUUUCAUAACAAGUUUAAAAUUUCAUUUGUUUUAUAAUUCAAGCUAUUUAAAAUCCUACAAAACUUCUAUGAUAAGAAAUAUUUUUCGACCACCAGGAGGCUCCUAAUGUUGUCACAUUCCAAUCUGUCAUCAUCACGGAUGGCGAGACCUCCUAUCUGAUCUUCUUCUACAAGUCGAAAGAGUUCAACUGGCCUUACAUCAGGGGACGUAGUGUUUCUGUUGGAUACGUGAAUGACCUGGAAUAUGUAGACUUUGUUGAACAUGGCAGUUUCUUGAUAUCAUCGCUUGAUGAGAUUAUUGGCAACAAAGGUCAGUUGCAGGGCAAUCACAUGCACAUUUUAAAUUGAUUCAACCAUUGACUCCCUUGGUUUUUUCAAAUUAAAUUUUAUUUUUUAAAGCUCAAAUUUCUUUUUUAGGCUGGGGACCUGAGUUGGCUUUGUGGUUUGGGCUUAACUGAAUUAUUUAACACACCAUAUAUGAGCUUAUACACAGUCCAUUCACACGAGCUUAUCCACAGUCCAUUUACAUGAGUGUAUCCACAAUCCAUUCACAUGAGCUUAUCCGCAGUUCAUUUGUAGCCUCAUAGCACAGCAUGUAACAAUAAAGUGUUACUGCUUACAAAUUUGUCAGAAGUGCUGUUAGUGAAAUUUUACAUUUUAAAUUUUCUGAUUAGGUCGUCAGGGAACCUGGCUUGCUCAGAUAGGGUACAUAACUAACUCUGAUCAAAGAUGUCAGGACUUCUACAGUAGCAAUGCUUAUCUCCUUGCCGACCAGACAUUUUUAAGUCGUGUGGCUGGUAUGUACUGUGAUUUUUCAUACUUAUUUAUGAAUGAUUAUCAAUAUUGUUUUUUUUUUAAUUUUUAAACUUUAUGACUAGAUCUUAUUAUUUUUAAUUUCUUAAUAAGUUUUGUAAAUUUAUUAAGUAAUGGAAAUGAACAAAUAAGUUUUGUUUCAAUGGUAAAGGCCGUUUUUAUUAAUUCUAUACAGCCUAACAUGUUAAAAUGUAGUAAUUCUAUACAGUCUAAAAUGUCAAGUGAAAAAAAAACCUAAAUUUAUCUAGGAUGAACUAGAAAAAAUGUAAUAAAGAUUUGAACUUCCUACAAUGACAUCAACAACUCUGUGUAAUAUUUAUGUACAGGUCUCUUUGAAUGCCCAUGCAGUGUGGCACAGAUGGGAAGACAGUGGUCACAGGUCUCAGCUGUUGGGACCAAAAUUUGCUUUGCACUGAACAGCCUCGUCACUAGGUUUUUCGGACACACUUAUAACAAGGUUGACUGACAAGAAUACAAACAAUUUUCCACAUUCAGUUAGGGAGCGUUUUAUUGAAGAUUUGCAUGAGAAAAUUCAUAAAUCGCUCAGACAGAAUAUGUCACUCAAAAAAUUUUUAAAAAAAUUGGUUCAUUUUAUUGCUUGAUUCUUUUUUUAAAGCUUAAAGGACAAAAUAUCAAAUCAAUUUGUUACUGAGGAUUACAUGACAAGCCUUUUGACAAAUGUCUUACAUGCAAUCAUUCAUGUGUUGGAACAUUGUAAUGUAUUUUAAAUCCAACGUUCAAAAAGGCAUAUUAAUAAGCUUGUGUCAAAAUUAUGUAACAUACAUUUGCUCACUGAAAUGAUGUGAGAGAUUAUUUUAAACCUAGUUCUUAUGACUGACGGUGUGUCUAAUUUCACAGCUGUGCUGCUACCACUCCAUACCCAAUCUGGGAUGGUGGAACCAGCGCAACACAAUGACCUUCAUAUCCUCACCGCCUGAAGCAGGGUUCGUGACCUUGUACGACCCAUUUUCAUGGAGCGCAACAGUCAGGGAGCACAGGAUCCAUGACAUGAUCCCUCACAGGUGGUGCUGCGAGGACGCUGACUCCAGCCACCUUUGUGAGCUCUUCUACCAGGUGCGACCCAACAAGGCUUGCAGCAACACGUCCAUUAUCAUCUCUGGGAUUGCUCUUGGUGAUCCACACAUUCAGACCCUUGACGGCGUAAUGUACACGUUCAAUGGCUGGGGAGAGUAUAUCAUGGCAUGGGUUACCGGCAAAAAUUUCACCAUGCAGGUAAAAAAAUGUUCCAAAAUAUCUAAAAAAUAUCUAUUUUUUUGCAUAAUCCUUAGCUAUAUGAUUACUAGAUAUAUUUUAAAAAUAUAUUUUUUAGAAGUUUUGCCACACUUUAGAAAAUUUAUAUUUAAAUUUAACAAUUUAAAUUAGGCUAUAAAACUAAAAAAAAAUAAAAAAAUCUUUGAAUAUUAUUUUUUUAUCCCUUUUGUGCUACAAAGUUUUGGCUCUGUAAAUAAAUAAAAAUUGCUAUUUUAAAACAAUUUGACAGCAGCAUUGUAGUAGUUGUAGUUCUAUCUGUGUCUUGUAUUUUAGGCUCGCACAGCUAAAGCAACAAAAAGUGAUGGCUCGGAGAGUCAAAGUGCUACAGUCUUCUCUGCGGUGGCCGCUAAAGAAGGCAACUACUCACACUUUCAAGCAGAGCUCUCCACCAACAAAGAUCGUGAGUUACUUAAGACGUGGAUGUGUUUUUUUCACCUUAAACAUAUAUAUGUGGCAAUUGUUGUUUAUCUCGAUUUUGCUCAAUUCAUGUAUUUAAAAAAAUCUUUGGCUUUUAAAAAUAAGAAAAAAAAUUAAUAUUUUUUAUAUUUUUAGAAUGCUGUUAUGGAUCGCUUGAUAAAUAAUUUGUAUGCAAUGCUUUUAGGUCUGAUCAUCUACGCCAAUGGACAGGACUACACUGCAGCUUUUUAUUCUGACCCCACAUUCUCUGUGAUUAUUAACAAAGAAGACUUAAUGUUGACAAGAACUGAUCUCAAUGGGACCACAACCUUGUCGGCUAAUUUCCCAUCUGGUGAGCGGUUCUUGUUGUCUUUCCACACCCCCACAAAAUGUAUUGUUGGUCAUUAUUGACAAUAUAUGGAGCUUCUACCUUUUCAUGGAGAAAGUUCAAAUUCUUUGUGUUUUAAAAACACUAGAUUCACUGUUAACAUGAAACAAAAGAAUAUUUACGGCCAUGUUAAUUAGCUGAGCCGUUAAAAAAAAAGCAUGUGGCAACGUGUUCAACUUUUUUUUUUUUUAAAUUACUACAAUAUUUCCGCAGGGGUUGAGAUUUCUGUGUCGGUUGGACUGCGCAGCUUGAAUCUUGGUGUCACCAUGGUAACCACGUUAAAUGGCCAAACAAAGGGCCUCCUUGGCAACUUAAACAACAACAUCACUGAUGAGUUUCAGCUUCCUAAUGGGACCAUACUCAGGCCUAACCUCACAGACAAGGAAAUAUUUUACCAGUUUGGACCACAUUGUUAGUCUCCUAAUUUAAACUCAUUAACCUUGUGUCUUACCGUAGAUUUGUGAGUAAAAGCGAGACACACCAGAUUUAGCAUUAAUGUUGAAGUCCAAAAAUAAGUGAGAAGGUCUUUUAAAUUUAUUAAAGCUAUUUUCAUUUAAAAUAAUCCAUUAAUUUUUUUACUUUAUUGAGCUCUACAUUUUUCUUCUGCAACAUCAGGGGCAGUAACAGCUCAAAACUCAGUAUUUAUCUACCCUGUUGGUGAGUCUUGGGCAGACUACAACCAUCCAGAAUUUACCCCAAAGUUCUCAUCAGACAUCAACAGUACCACCCUCAGGGAUGCUCAGGCCAUAUGUGGUGUCCAAAAUGAUGCUUGUAUCUUUGACUAUGCUGCCACUUUAGACCCAGCCUUUGCAGAAAACACCAAAAAAGUUGGUGAGGAGGGCAAUCAAACAAGGUUAACUCAAGGCAAGUCAAGUACAGACGUGUUUCAAAUUUGUAAUAAUAUAUCUAUAUUUAAAAAAAUUUUUAAUAGAAGUAAGUAGAUGAUUAAGACAGACUUUUUAAAAGAGGAAAAAAAAUACUAUCUAGUAAAAAUGAGAUAUAUUUUUUCAUGUAUAAUAAUUGAGGCUUUAAUAUCUUAAGUUAUUCUACAGAUAAUUUCUUAGAUUAUGCUUAAAAAAAAGAAAAAGUUAUGAGUGGGGAAAGAUAAUUUAUUAAGAUAUAAUUAGCUCAUGGUGGUAAAAGAGAUUUUUAAAAAACUGGUUCCUUCAAGCACUACUUUAAUCAUGUCAGUUUAAAAUGAUUGGAGUAAUAAUCAAUGCCAAAAUAUCAACACAGUAUGGCUCUAAAGCAUUUGUAAGUUUUAUUUUAAUUUAAUAUUUAGAAAAAAUAAUAAUGAUCAUAAGCACACAUACACAUCUUGUGGGAUUAUAUGCUUUUAUAAAAUUUGCACAGACAAUCAACUUAAACUAGUUUUCUUCAAACAGAAAACACUGUACCAGCUAUUAACCUGAUCACCAAGGUGAACGGCCUUGGAUUCAUUGAAGUGACGGAGGGCCAGCCUGCGACAAUUCAAGUAAACACCACGGACCCAGACGGUAACUUCGAUAAGUUUGAGUUGGUGGGUGCUCCUGCCAGCGUUAAUAUCAGCCAAUCUGGCAUCAUCACCUUCACACCCAACGCAAGCGUCCCUGUCACUAUCAGGUCAGAAAGAUUCAAAGUCCUGUUGUUAUUUAUAUUUAUAAGAAACACCAUUUAAAAAAAGAAAUUGCUUCGAAUGAUUAGCAUUUAAAUGUUUAAAAAUUAAUGUGGUAAUCCGUUAACCACUAAUGUAACUUUUCUUAGGAGCAGUUAGUGUUAAUAAAGUUACUAUACAUUUGUGAUAUUCAUACAUUUUGUGUUAAUAAAGUUAAUAUAUAUAUAUAUAUAUAUAUAUUUGUAACAUUCAUAAAUUUAGUGCUAAUAAAGUGAUUUAUGCGAUAUUCAUACAUUAGUGUUAUAAAGUUAAUAUAUAUUUGUAAGAUUCACACAUUUAUUGUUAAUAAAGUUAAUAUAUAUUUGUGACAUUCAUACAUUAAAAAAAAAUUCAAACUGAGAAUGGAAGAGGUUAAAAUAUUAAAUGUUUAAAGUAUAUGUAAACAUAAGGCCUAAUGCAAGACAUUUUUGUUGCAGUGUCGUAGCGGUGGAUAGCUUAGGUGGGAGAUCCACAACUCUGACCAUUUCUCUAGCACUCUGCACCCUGUGUAGUGGACAUGGUCAGUGCAAUAAGUCAGUGAUCCGGCCAAACAGUGAACAGGGUGGUAACUUCCAAAAGUUUGCCUGUCAGUGCAGAGCUGCAUAUACAGGUUUGCUUUUAAAAAAAUUAGCUUUGGUGCAAAAAUUUAAAUAUUUUUUUCACAUUGAAAGGACAGGUCUAUUAUAAUAAUAAACACACCAUCAGUUAGGGUUAAUCCUGCCACGGGCAGGCAACAAAUUUCGCAGCCUCACUCUGCGAAAAAAAACCUCUGCAGUUGGCUGAAAAUGCAGCCUCUUUUAUAUAUUGAGAAAGUGCUCUCCUCACCUGCCUCCCCCAUCCUGCACCAGUGUGAACCAAAUUAAUUUUAUAUAUGAUGAUUAAUAAAAAGGUCAAAAUUUAAAUAUUCAGGUUAUAUUUGGUAUGUAAUUCUAUGUUGCAAGCCAAUAGACUUUUAAGGUAGCAGAUAGAACUAUUUAACCAUGAAAUUAAUGCUUGAAUGAGCUGUUCAUCAAAUCAAGAAAACUUAAUUUAAAUUUUAGGUGCAGAUUGUGAGAAGGACUUUGAUGCCUGCAGUGACAACCCUUGUAGUCAAGGUCAGAAUUGCUCAGACACACCAGCCUCAUUACAAGAUUCCCAAGGUGUCGGCAGUCACACCUGCGGGCCUUGUCACAAUGGGUCUCAGAAUGUCAGCAACAAAUGCAUUGGUAUGGUUAUACCAGAAAUUUUAUCACCUUCUUUUCAUUGUUCGCACUAGCAUCGCUAACAAUCCAUGUCAUGUGAGGGCUCAAAGAAAAUGUUGGUUAGAAAUGUACUUUGCAUGUGCAAAUGGUUAAGUCUUCAUGUCAACAGCAGUUUUCUCUUUUUAUCAAGCACAACUAGGAACCAUGAUGCUAUUGUUGUCUACUUGUAUGUUUUAAGACAUAAAUAACAAUCAGUCCAAUGACUUCUAGUUAUAUAUGACCUAUUAAUGCUGGACCUAAAUUUCAAUCUUGUAGUAAGCAUUGUAUAAAUUUAUCGAUUUAAAAAUAAAUAUUUCAUUUUAAAUCUAAGAUAUUGAUGAGUGUGUGACAAACCCGUGCAGUCAGCAAUGCAACAACACCAUUGGAUCAUAUCAGUGUUCCUGCUACUCUGGCUAUCGACUGAGCAAUUUUGAUGGCAAGACAUGUAUAGGUAAGAUAAUAAACUAAAGCGGAACCUUCUAAAAUAAUAGAAAUUCUUCAGUCCAUUUUCAGAAAACUGUAGUUUUUGAAAUAAAAAUGUGUAUGUUCUGGUCAUGGAGAAUAUGGGUUGGUUUUUAAAAAAAAAGUAUCUUUUAAAAAUAUAACUAAAACAAUUAGGACCUAAUUUGAAAUUAAUUUAAAUAAGAUGUAAGAUAUUAUUUGGUAUUAAGCUUUCUAAGGACAGAAUAAAUUUUGUUUAAAUUUAUAUACAGACAUCAAUGAAUGCGCGGAGCAGACACACAGGUGUGAGCAGAAGUGUGUCAACACACCCGGGUCAUACAACUGUUCUUGCGAGCAAGGAUACACACUGCAGGGGGAUAAAUACUCGUGUCAGUUGUGUAAGUAUCUAUCUUGUACUUGCAUUCAGUAUUAUAAUUUGAAAAAAUUUUCUAUGAUUCAUCUACAGGUAUUAAAUGGUUGAAAAGCAAUCUCAAUGAGUCUGAAUAUUUAUAGCUUUAGUAAAUUCAAAAUUUAUAUUAUUUAUUACUUUUUCACUUUUACUUUGUGAGUCAACACUAAUAGUAAUUUGAGUGUGCAAAUAUUUUAUUACAUUUAGCUCGUGAAUUACUUCUUGAAUUUUUAACACAAAUUUGUAUCAUUAAUUUUAUUUUGAGAACCUGGAUUUCAUUUAGACAAUAUACAAAUCAAAAAUAUUUUAAAAAAAAUAGAAUUCAUAAAUCUGUUUCUUGACAUAUUUUCACCAGCUGUUGAUAACUCAGUGUGUUCCAAUUCUGGAUGUGAUCAGCUUUGCAUUAUUGAUGCUGACAAUAGGCCAACGUGUAGUUGCAAGUCAUUCUAUACAUUUGACUCCCAGAACCCCACAGCUUGCGUUGGUAGGUGUAGAUAACUCAACAUUAAUUUUUAUAUCUCCUUUUUUAUUACAAAAAAAACUAAUGAUUAAAUAAUCUACCUAUUUUGAAAUUAUUUUUUUUCACUCAGUUAAAUUAAUUUCUAUUUUCAUAAAAUUUUCAUCGCGUUAAUGAAUCAUUCAGUGCAAAUAAAAACUGCAUUUAAUAUUACUUUUUAAAUAAAACGUACUUCAUACUUGAACUGUUUUGAUGUUUAUGUAAAGAUACUGAUGAGUGCUCCCAUGCCAACCAGCCCUGUGACCAAGUGUGUACCAAUAAAGCUGGUGGCUAUGAAUGCUCUUGCUAUCCUGGAUACAAAUUAGCUCAAGACAGCACCACUUGCACGCGUAGGUCCUUUAAUUUUAUCACAACGACAUUGCCAAGAAAAAUGCUUAAUUUUGAUGACAUAGAUUUACGUUUGAUAAUACUAAGUUUGAUAAAAGUCUGCAACACUGCGAACGUUUUGCAAUAUUCUCAUCCAAGGUAAACAUGAGUUGAUUAUUGAUGCUACAAAGAACUGUUGUUUUUAUUUCAAGUUUUAAUAUUUUUUUCUUAUGAUCCAGUUUUAUAGUUGGUUUGAUAGUAAUGUGCGGGUUGUUCAAAUCUUAAAUGCUUCGCGUGCUAUAAAAAAAAAUUUGACUCCUUCAGCUUGCGAGAGCCCUAGCUAUGGCACAAAUUGUACUCAGACCUGCAUGUGUGGGGGACAUUCUCUCCGUUGCGACCCAGUCAAGGGCUGCAUCUGCCAAAGUGGCUGGACCGGUCCAUCCUGUGACACAAACAUCAAUGAGUGUGAAACUGGUGCCGUCUGUGGUCUCGGUGAAAUCUGCCACGACCUAGUUGGCUCUUAUGAGUGUAAAUGUGUGGCAGGCUACACUAGAGUGAAUGGAACUUGUGUCGGUAAGAAGUUAUUGAAUAAAAUUUUCUGUUUUUUUCCCUCACUUCUACUUAAAAAUUAAUUAAUUUUUAGUUUUGUAUUUUAGUUGUAUUUAUUUAUAUGUUUGUUGAGAAAUAAAAAUUGUAUUUUAAAAAAUAGGCAAAUAGACAAGAAACAAAAAUGUCAGCUUAAAGAAAUAUAAAAAGCACUGUUUCAACUUCAGCAAAUGUAGCAAUGUUUAUUCUUUUUGCCAUUCAUUAACUACACAUGAUGAAGAAGAUGAUUAGGUGUUAUUUGACAAAUAUUCAGCGUAAUCUAAAGAUGUAAUUUGAACAAUAUCCAGCAUAAUCCAAAGAACAAGCUGCAGUGUAAUCUAAAGAUGUAAGCUGAACAAGCUGUGGUGUAACCUAAAGAUGUAAUUUGAACAAGCUGCUGUUUAAUCUAAAAUGUCUGAAAUGUCUGAAAUGUAAAAAGCUAGUGUUAGAUGCUGAUGAUGAUUUUUUUGUCCUCAGAUAUCGAUGAAUGUGCCGAUGUGUUGGCCCACAACUGUGAUCUCUCACAGCAGCAAGUUUGCCGCAACACUCAGGGAAACUACACCUGUGACUGUCAGGCAGGUUUCUCAAAGACGGCUGGGGGCUUCUGUCAAGGUAACGGUCAAUCUGAUUUAGUUGUAGCCUGUCCCUGCAAUUGCUCUAUUAAAAUACUCUGUGGAAUACCAUUAUAAAAAAACAUCCUUCAUCAUAUAUUAUCUUGUAUUAUGUCUGUAUCAUCUGAAAUGGACCAUGGUGUCAAGAUUUGUAUUUUAUGAAUAGAUGCUUACAAAUGACUGUCAGUUCUACCAUUAUGGAACAGUUUGCCUCAAUCUUUGAGGGAAAAUUGAAAAUGAUAAAAAAAAUCUUUUAAGAAACAUUUAAAGACUAUUUUCUUUAAAUAGAUUUUAGGACAUCAGAGCGCUGUGAGCAUGCUAAAAAAAGCAUGGACAUUAUAAAAGUAUUCAAUCAUCAUCAUCCUCAUAUUUUAGGUUUUUAGUAAUAAGGAGAGCAAUUGUUUUGAAAUUUCUUUCUUGAUAAGGUGUUUUUUUUUUUGUUUCUUUCUUUUUGCAUUAGCAUUUUUCUUAUCUGUUUUGUGUCAGUACAUGAUGAUCAAUGUAAAAACUUAGAGCAAUGAGUAUACAUUGUAGUGCCAAUAUUACAGAAUUCCCACCAAAUCACGACACGUGUAGUGAGAAGCAAUGAUCUAGUACACUUAUCCUCCGUGAGAUUCUAUUGGGUAACUUACUUAAAUGGUCUAUGGUUCAACAAUGUUUCAUGUCCACAUUUGCAGAUUUCAACGAAUGCACCAGCAACUCUCACAACUGCCAGCAGCUGUGCGUCAACAACUUUGGUGGGUUCAGCUGUAGCUGUUACUUUGGCUCCAGGCUGGAUGACACAGACAGGACUAAGUGUGUCCUCAGUAUGUAGAUGAAAUUUUUUAGAUGUGCCAUUCUUUCAAGAUAAAAACUUUUUUGAACUCACUGAAUUCAAGGGAAGGGAUAGUCUAUUAUUUUAUUUUUUAUACAUAUCUCCCACAACUGUGUUAGUCUUUUUAAAACUGAAGCUGCAAAAUAAAUUUCUCAGUUAUACUUAAUUUAGUGGAAUUCCCCCAUUGUCAUUCUCUGCAAAGUAGUAGAUGCAUUUUUUUUAUCCUGUUUGUUCAUUCUCUUAACUUUAGUUUAGGAUCAGUUCUAUCUUGCUUUAUUAUGUUGUAAUGCUAGGAUCAAUUCUAACAUUACUUUAUUAUAUUGCAAUGCUAGGAUCAGUUCUAUCAUUACUUUAUUAUGUUAUAAUGCUAGGAUCAGUUCUAUCAUUACUUUAUUAUAUUGUACUGCUAGGAUCAGUUCUAGCAUUACUUUAUUAUAUUGUAAUGCAAGGAUCAGUUCUAUCAUUACUUUAUUAUACUGUAUGGUAAGAUCAGUUCUACAAUUACUUUAUUAUAUUGUAAUGCAAGGAUCAGUUCUAUCAUUACUUUAUUAUAUUGCAAUGCAAGGAUCAGUUCUAUCAUUAUUAUAUUGUAACUCUAGGAUUAGUCUAACAUUACUUUAUAAUAUUGUAACUCUAGGAUCAGUUGUAUCAUUACUAUAUUAUAUUGUAAUGCUAGGAUCAUUUCUACCAUUACUUUAUUAUAUAGUAACUCUGGCAUCAGUUCUAAAAUUACUUUAUAAAAUUGUUACUCUAGUAUGUUUUCCUGAAAGUUGUUCAAUUUUUUUCAAAUGUACAUUUUUCUUUGCAACAUUGUAGAAAAAUUUUAGCACUUCAACUAAGCAAUACUUUGAAUCCUCUGCCCAACUUUCACUUCUUGUUUUGGUGGUACCUGGGCAUUUAGUUUCUAUGUUUAUCGAACAAGGACUUCUCAAUUAGUUAACUCAAUUAGGUACAAGAUGUGUAAGCAUGAUUGACAAAUUAUGUUUUAGCCAUUCCACAUUUGAGGAUUGUACAAUCAGCUUUUCUUAUUUCCUUAGUAUUUUUUGUUUAAUAUUCAGGCAAAGACGUGUGUAAAGAUGAAUCCAAUCUGACAUGUUCACAUGGGUGUACAGUCAACCUGGACACAAGGGAAGCUUUUUGCUACUGUAAUUCUGGCUACAGACUGGCAGCAGACAAACAGACCUGUAUAGGUAAAGUACAAUAAAGUAAAACUUUAAAAAAUUUUGAAUAUUCAAAUGAUUAUUUUGAAAUUUAGUUGUAUAUUCAUGACACUGGUCUUCUCAAUUUUCAUCUCAGUGAAGCUUAUGUUUCAAAUAAAAUGUCAAUACAGUAAUGCCAAAGUAUGGUAAUUUUAAUAACAGUUUAUUUUUAAAAAGAGGAAGCAACUGAAUCAGUUCAGUUUUUGUUAACCAAUGAAGACUUGACUUGACAAAUGAAAUGGUGUUUCAUUCUCCACUAACAGAUGUCAAUGAAUGCAGUGAUGCUAAUCUCAAUGGAUGCAGUCUAAAAGACAGCUGUGUCAACACUCCAGGGGGCUACACGUGUUCGUGUCUUGUGGGGUUCAGACUAGACAAUGACAACAGAACUUGCAUUGGUUAGUGUCUGCUUUCCUUUUUUUUGUUAACAUUAUUGUUGAUACAAUAAACCUGCUACAGUGGAAUUGAGACUUUGUCAAUUAGGUUUUGCUCCAUAUCAAUUUUUUUAAACAAAUUAACAUCAGAACAAAUAAAUUUUAUUUUGACUAUUUUACCCAUAAAUAAACAAAUAAUGCUUAUAUUGGUAAGAUAUUAGUUUAAAUAAAAAAAAUUCUCAUUAGAUUAAAUUUUAAUCACUAAAAAUUGUGCCUGCAAAUUAUUUCUUUCUUGUGAUUGGAAAAUUUAAUUCCUUAAUUUUCUUGGAUGUUUGGUACAUAAGAUUUUUUAAAUCUGUUCUUUAAAUAUUACAUUUUAUUAUGAUGGUCCUUUGUGAAUCUGAAACAGCAUUGUUAAAUGACAAAACUAGUUUUUGAAAAAGAUCUCACCAUAUUUAAGUAAUUACAGUAGUGCAAGUAAGUUUUUGUGUAUUUUCAUGUACUGCAAAUAUCAUAUCAAACCACUUGAAUUUUUUUAUUAAUUUAAAGGUUGCAGUGGCCAGACCUGGGGAAUCAGCUGUUCUAACAAUUGUACAUGCACCACUGGUGCCGACCAAUGCAGCCCUGUCAUGGGAUGUGUUUGCAAGAGGGGUUUCACAGGUAAAAUCCCCUCCUUAAUCUCAUCUGAGACACAACAAAAUGAGCUGUAGUAGUAAAGGCUGUAUGAGAUGGCUUAAGACUAAUUGACCGGGCAAGCUGCCUGUGUGUCAGUUAAAUACAACCAACCCCAGACGUCCCUUUGGUUCUAGUGUCAUGGAAUAUCAAAUGCUGGCAAACCUUAAAGAUCAUUCAGUAGGAUGUAUUCAUUGAUAAAUGAGCCGUAAUUUGAUUACAAAUUCAAAAAUGGAAUAUGAAUUUUUGUAUCCUUGUCUCUCUAUGAAACUGCCCAUCAGUUGCAUUGGGAUUAAAUUGUAAUUACACCCUUGUACAUUCGUUGAGAUUCAACUCUAAAACUAACUCAAUCCAGGAAAGUAUUGUGAGUUUGACGUCAACGAAUGUGAGACCAGCACGCCGCCCUGUCAAUCACCCGAGAAGUGUGUCAACUCUGUUGGCUCUUACAGCUGUCAGUGUCCAUCAGGAUACAGGAAGGUUAAUCAAACUUGUGUUGGUAAAUAGCUUUUUUUUAAAAAUUAUUAUUAGAAUGGCAAUGAGAUUAAUGUUUGGAAUAAUCAGAGAGGGUCAUUUCAAACAUUUCUAUUAUUUAACGCUAUUUUUUCAAUCAAUGGUUUAGGUAUUGGUGAGGAGAUACAGUUUUCUGUAAGAUUUGUAAAAGAAACUUUGUGUCCACUCAGAUAUCGAUGAAUGUUCCAAUCCACUGUUGAAUACGUGUGACCAAGGGUGUGUCAACCGUGAUGGUGGCCACACCUGCUCCUGUUUUAUUGGGUUUACAUACAAUGUGGCAGAGGAAAGAUGUAAUGGUAAGUAAGUGCUGUCUUAGAAAUUUUCUGUGAACUGAACAGUUUUAAAAAAAUGAACAACAAAGGAGUUGAAAACCGUGAUCAUUCACCUUUGACAUUCUUUGGUGUACCAAGUGUACCACAGUACAAUACAAUGAAGGUGUAUUAGUAUGUUUCAUUCUAGGCUAGGAAUGGCCUUGUGUCUGCACAAUUUGGCAAAGUGUAUCCUGUUGAUUAGUUCCUAUAUUGGUAACUUGCUCUUAUUACUGUCCAGGUAAGCAGUUCUCAACCUGUUGGUCGCUACCCCUUUGUGGGUCACACGACCCUCACACAGGGGUCGGCUUAGACCAUGGGAAAACACAUCGAAAAUUUAUGAAGCAGCAACGAAAAUGAUUUUAUGGUUGGGGGUCACCUCAACAUAAGGAACUUUUAUGUAAAGGGUCCCGGCAUUAAGAAAGUUGAGAACCAGGUGAAGAUGACUUCAGUUAAUGAAGUGGGUCAAUUUUCAUGGGAAAAUCCAUAAAUAUUAUAAAGUUUUAAUGGAUCGCCUUACUUUUACUAUUAAUAUAAUACAGUUACCAAACGUCAAAGAAUUUCCCUUAAGAUUUUGUUCAUGGUUCUCACCACGUCAAUGUAAUCAUCCACAGAUGUAAACGAAUGUGUCACAGGAACAGCUCUAUGUGAACAGUCGUGUGUCAACACCCUGGGUAGCUACAGGUGUUCUUGUGGCAACGGCUACCAACUUGCUAAUGAUGGUGUUUCUUGUAGAGGUAUAUUCAAGCUAUUAUUUUUUUGGUAGGAAAUAGAAAAAAUUUGUACGUCGUACAAUAAAAAGCUAACGCAGAAUUUAAAAACAAAAUGAAUUCUUUCUUGUUUUUACUCAGUAAUUUAUGUUCUAAUUACAUUAAUUACUUGUAUUUACAUUGUCUCUUAAUUCAGCUCUCACUUUUUUUAAAUAUAAUUUAUGUUAAAUAGAGCAAAGAAACUUUGAUUUUUAAAAAAAAAAAAAAGAUGAACAGUAGGAUGUGGAUAUAUCACUGGCUCUCAUCAUUUGGAUGGUCAGAGAGCACAGAGUUAGUUUAGGUUAUAAAUAAUUGCAUUUUAUAAAAUUGAUAAUGCUCUUAUUAACCUUAUGCAAUAUUACAUGCAUUUUAUUUACAGCCACCGCUCAGUGCCCCACUAAGAAAUGUGCCCACAGCUGUGCUGUUAUUGAGGGGGUUGAGACUUGCAGCUGCCCACGUGGACAAAACGUCAGUGUCAUCAAUGAGCUGCAGUGCCAAGGUACGUAGAAGAAUAUAAAUUAAUCAGAUUAAAUGUCAGAUUGGAUUUGUUCCAAAUGUUUUUUUUAAAUAAGGCUUCAGCUGGUAUUGGAUAAGGCAUUUUUUUUUUUAAAAUUAGUGAGAAAAUUUAACAAUAACUUUACUGAGGAAAUGUGGUGGAACAUGAAAUAUAAAUCACAUAUAUUAUGUGAAACAUACAUAAAAUGCCCAUGUUAAAGUCUAUGGAUAGACGAGAUAUAUAUGUCACACUUAAGUUGUGUUUAUUUGUAACCAGAUGUGGACCUGUGCGCAUCAAGCUCUUGCCAGCAAGGCUGCCAAGAAAAUGAAGCUGGAAAUGAUUUUACUUGCAGCUGUGGAUCUGGUUUUAAACUUGCUGGGGACAAGGUCUCCUGUGAAGGUAGAUUUUCCAAAAUGUAUUUCUUCACCUGUGCUGGGAUGAUUAUGUAACUAGAAAUUUAACAUACAUGUUUCUUUUAACAAAAAUAUAUAUAUAUAUAUAUUUCACUAUCUUUUUGGAUUUUUUUUUAUGCAGUGUUUUGCUUUUUUAAAAAUGAAAUAUUGUUUUCCCUGAUAAUUUGUUUCAACUUCUAAACAGAAGAAUUAUAUAUUUUUAAUAAUCAAUUUUCCACUAUUGAAUGGUUAAGCUAAAUUUUGAUACUGACGCCUUUUUAAAGAAAGUUUUUAAAUAAUCUGAACAUGGAUAUUUAACCUACAGAAACAAGAGUUGUGGUUAGCUCAGUAUCUCCCCAUUAACGCAAAUUAAAAAGUUGAACACAAAAAUAGUUGUAGUAUAGAUUAUUUAAUAGUAUAGCUGAUUUUUUUCUUCAUGUAUUUCAUAAAGACUAAGUCUUGGGAGAUUUAUAUAAUUUGCUUUAAAAAUCAUAACAAUUUUUUUAAAAACUGUAUGUUUGCUGUUUUCCCCAAAAGCUUGCCCAUUAGGAAGAUAUGGUUCUAACUGUCUGAGCACAUGUAGCUGCGUCAUGGACAACACUUACUCGUGUAACCCUAAUAAUGGUUCUUGCAUAUGUCUAUCGGUAAGAAAUUCUUCUUAUGCUUACAAAAUUUGGAACGAAAAAUAAGAAGUAAGUGGAAUUUAUUUCAAAUAAAUGAAGUUAAAAAAUAAAAAAAAUUAUUAACAAAGUUUGAUUGACAAUUUGUGGGGCUUGCAUUCAGGAAAAAGGUAAAAAAAUAACAUUUGGUCUUUCUAAGCAUUUUUUGCAGAUGCAAAUGUAUGUGGUUAUGAGUGAUAGUACAUGGUUGUGAGUGAUAGUAUAUGGUUAUAAGCGAUGGUAAAUCGUUGUGAGUGAUAAAAUAAUUAGGUGCUUUUUACUGUGGUUACCUUACACUUACAUUAAAUGUAACAUUACAUGUUUUACCCACUACUGACAGUAUAUUGAUGUCUUAUCGUUAACGUCCUAUCAGGGCUGGGGUGGUCCGGUCUGCAACCAGGACGUCAAUGAAUGCACAUCAACACCUUCACCUUGCACUGACCCCAACAGUGAGUGUGUCAACACCCAGGGGUCUUACUUCUGUCACUGUAAGGAUGGUUACCUUAAGAAAAAUGCCAGCACUGGACUCUGUGAAGGUAUACACUAAACCGUGCCUCUCAAACUAUCAAGUCUAAUCAUCUUCAUCAUAAUGGUAUAACUCAGGACACCAUGGCUGUGGUGCACGUGAUAUUAUACAGUAAAGUGUCAGUUUAAAGUUUUGAUUUGGCUAAUUAUGAAAGGUGUUUGUUACGAACUGGAAAUUAUCAGUUCUAUAGCUUCGUUGUCUAGGGGUACUUCAAUUACUUAUCAAAGCAAUGAUUCAAUGACGAAUGUCUCUUUAUUAAAUAAACAACUCCAUUACUAAAACUCCAUUGCUCAGUACUCCAUUACUCACUACUCCGUUACCGUCCUCACUAAUCCAUUACUCACUACUCCAUCACUCACUACUCCAUUACUCACUACUCCAUUACUCUCUACUCCAUUACUCACUACUCCAUUACUCACUACUCCAUUACUCACUACUCCAAUACUUACUACUCCUUUACUCACUACUCCAUCACUGCUGCACUCAAAACCAGAGCAAAAUUUACAUCAUUUCCCAUACCCAAAUAGGUCACAAAAUACAAAGCAUAUAUCAAAAGCUUUACAAAUAAUCUUAUCACCAAACACUCACCCACAAACACGAACAAAUCCUUUACAGGGUUCGACUAUGAUAAGGCUUGGGUUGAUUAAGACACAAUUAAAACAGUAUGGCGGAGCCUGAAGAAUGUGAUUCAUAAUAUUUAAACACCUUUAUCCCAAAAUUUUGUUCCAUCAUGAGGAAUUUUGAUCAAUGUAUUAUGAUAUUUUGGUUUCAUAUUUUGUAUCAUAUUUUGGCCAGCUUGUGAUGAAAACUUUUAUGGACCCAGCUGUGCUCAGAGAUGUCAGUGCAACACCCAGAACUCUGCGUGUAAUAAAGUCACAGGCUCGUGCACUUGUAACAGUGGAUGGGAAGGUCCGACCUGUGAUAGAGACAUCAAUGAAUGCGAUAGAGGUAGGUAGUUUGUGCCAUAUUCUAGGUGUCCGUCUCUACACGUUUGUUCCACUGCUGAUGAAAUAAAUUAUUAAAAAAUGGAUGAUCUAUUGUAUAAAACUCAAUCAGUGAAGAAACGAAAGACUUUUUGUAGAAAUGUCUGUAAAGCUAGAAUUUAUUGACACAUCUGGUACAAACUUCUUGGAUAUUUCAAUGCUCACAGAAUUAAGUUCUUUCCUUUAUUUGCUUUAACAUCUUUUUGGUCAAAGUUUAAAGACAGUAGGAUAAUUACAUUACUAGAAAAAUAAUUGGACAUUAAGGUUGCAUAUGUAAGGUUUUAUGCAUAACAGCUGCUAUUUGUUGGUUAGGUACUUUGGUGGUUUUACACUGUAAAAGUAUGGUAGAUUUUGUUUAAUGUAUUUUUUUAAUGUUGGGUUUAAAAGAUAAGAAGAAAUAACGAUGGCUGCUGCCUUUUACUUCCUACAGUCAAGAUGUUCUAGUUAUUGUUACUUACACUAGAAGACAGCCUUACCAACCACUAACUUGCUAUUUUCAUAAUGUUUAUUUAAGGAACAAAAUUCUCUCAAACUCAUAGUUACUUCCUCAUUUAACGUAUAGUCUUAAAUUUUCAAAUUCUGCAAUGAAUUUUACCUUCCACAACAAUGCGCUACUCAUAAAUCAUGUCUUAAUGUCAUGCAAUUAAAAUCUUGAAAGAAGCUUAUGUAAAUUUGAGUUAAUGUUUCCAUUUCUUUUCUUUCUAAAUGUUCAACCCCUUGAAGGCACACACAACUGUGGUAACUCUACGCUGUCCCCGACCUGCAAGAAUGAAGCUGGUAGUUUUCAGUGUGUCUGCCCCAAAGGCUACAAAAAGAUAAGCGGAGCAAAUAACUGCACAGGUUUGUUUAGUUUUUUUAAACAUAACUUUUUCUCAUUUGGAAACCAAAUUUGUGACUUUUUAAUUUCAGGAUUUAUUUUACCAACAUAAUUUCAAUCUGAAAAUGACUAUCUGCAUAAUUACUAUUUAAAGAUCUAAUGUUAUUUUUCAUUAAUGUUAUGACUUAGGAGCCAGAAUGAUCAAUGCAUUGAUGGUGGGCCCACAAAAUAUAGAUGACUUUGUUGCUGUGAUUUUUUUUCCAAAAUACAUUUGUCCAUAACAGUUCAGCAUGAUUUUCCUUUAUCAAUACCACUGUGACGCCCGGGGCUUUUAUUUUGGCUCGUACAAGGUUUCAUAAUCUUUCCUUCAAUUUGCAUUUGUUAUUGACAGAUAUUGACGAGUGUCAAGACCCAGGACUAAACUCUUGUGAACAAACGUGCACCAACAGCUUGUCUUCCUACACCUGCUCUUGUCGUAUGGGCUUUGCUGUUCAGCCUGAUGGCAGUUGUAAGGGUAGGUGAACAUUUAUAUUUAACAACCUGCUGAAAUGUAAUGGCAGUUGUAAGGGUAGGUUGAUAUUUAUAUUUGAAGAAGGACCUGCUGAAAGUAUUUGUGCUUGACAAAAUUGAGACCCACUGCACAGCAAUCUUUAAAAAAAAAACAAACACAAAAAAAACUGUCAAAUAAAGGGCAAUAAUCUUUGAUAACAAAACGGAGUGAGGAAUAAUCAGGGCUUGGGUCCUACAGGAACACAUGGGACUGGUGUUUCUGUAAGUCCUACAGGAACACAUGGGAACAGCCUUUCUCCACUUUUUUUCUUUUUAAGAAAAAAAUACAUAAGGGGGGUGGGGGUGCACUUUUUCCCCUGGCAUUAACUCCUGUGAAUAAUAAUAUUAAAUAAAAUUGAAUGUAUGAUUUGUGUUGCAAGUACUUGACCUGUCUUCAACUCCUCUACUCUACAACAGACAUAAAUGAAUGUGAGAGAAGUCCAAGCCCAUGCUCUGACCUGUGUCAGAAUACAAUCGGCAGCUACCGCUGUACAUGUGCUCCGGGCUAUGGGAUGAUGAGUAAUGGAUCUUGUCUUGGUACGAUAAACUUUUUCAAAAAAAGCUCUUUGAUGUUGUCCCUUUGAUCUCAGUUUCUUAUACAGCAACAGGGCGAUUUUACAAACCUGCUCUUGAUAUUAAUUUAGUUGUGCUAAGCUUAAUACAAAAAAUGAAUCCUGUUUUGACACAGUAUUUGUAAAUUAAAGAAUACAGUAUUUAAUACCGGUAUCUCCUAAUUAACUUGACAGAUGUCGAUGAAUGCAGCUCAAGUCCUUGCAAAGUCAACCAACUGUGCAACAACACAGCUGGUUCCUAUGUUUGCGUUUGUCCUAAAGGCUACACGCUAUCGACAACAACAGGAGAAUGCACUGGUAAGAGGUCCAUGCAUGCUAACCUGAGAACCUGUGUUAGUCUUAGUAUUUUAGGCAGAUGAUGUUUUAUUUUUAAAGUCAUGUAUGUCUAAUAAUUGUUCUCAAUGCACUAAAUCUCUCAUUGGGGUUUCAAAGUUUUCAGAGGCGCAACAGUCUGAGCCGUCUGCUCAUUUCUAAAUGUCACAAUGACAAGACAUGAUGACUUGUCGCAAUGACUUGUCGCGAUGACAUGUCACGAUGAAAAGUCAUGAUGACUUGUCAUGAUGACAUGUCACAAUGACACGUCACAAUGAAAUAGGUCCAAAUGUGUUUCAUGGAAAAUACACUUUCAUAAUUUCUAUUAUUUAAUUUUGCUCUUUUUAAAGUUGGCAAUGUAGAAUUCUUUUAAAGUGCAAGCAGCUGUCCCCUUGCUGCCCCCACCCACACAACACUGGUGGAUCCAUUAAUGAGGACAAUGUCCCUCUAAGAAACUCUCCAUUUUCAAGAUUACAAUAAAUUAAUUAAUACCUUGGAAUCAAAUCUCAGUUCACUUUGUUUACAUUCACCCAGAUAUUGAUGAAUGUGCCACCACAAAACCUUGCCAGCAGUACUGUAACAACACCCAGGGUGGCUACAACUGUUCAUGCUAUGAUGGUUUCACAUUGAGUGUUGAAGGAAAAUGUAUUGGUAGGUGGAAUUCUUCAAUGUUUUUUAAAAACUUAAAUUAUACAUAAAUCAAAAUAAAUUUCUUAAUAAUUUCAUACAAUGUUAAAAUCUAUAGUUAACUUUUCUGUAAAAAUAAUUUUUCUCAACAUAUAAACUGUUAUUUUACAGUUGUGUACAGUCGAGCUUUUGAAAUAAGGUUUCCAUUUUUCUCCCCCGCUGAUUCUUUCCUGAAUCCAAGCAAUGAUGAAUAUAAAGCUGUAGUCAAAGAGCUGCAGAAUGUGGUAACUUUGAAUUUUGAUUCUUAAUUUUUUAGAAUUUGAUAUUUAUUAAGGAAACAUUAAAUGCCGUUUUUAUCAACAUUUCUUUUUCCUUAAUUUAAAAUGCAAUCCAGCUCAGCCUUAUAAUAAAAAUAUAACGCUUGUUUUCAGUCUAUUAGGACGUUUUGGGUUUGUAAUGUUAGUUUAUUCAGAUAUUCAUGUUUGGAUCUUACAUCUAAGGCUGCGCUUCUCAACUUUAAAAAGAGCACAUUUUUAAAUACAACAGAAUGGGAAAAGCUUAAAGUAAACAAUUUUCUUUUUCUGCAGUUACGGUCACAACUGGGCCAGCUGCUUCAAGGUUUUCUCAACCUGAUUGUCAAAAAUCUCAAGUAAGUUCAAGUGGUGACGGUAUUCCUUCAUUUGAAUGAAAAUAAAACCAAGCUUCUUUCACUCAUGCCUUGUGCGUGCACCUCAGCCAAUGAAAUCCUUGGAUUCAUUUAAAAAAAAUUGAUAUCUAACAAAUAUUUAUAGACUUUUUAAAUCAAUUAAAUGCACUGAAACUCUAUUUAUGUUGUAUAAUUAUUUAGGUUUUGUAGGCCUAAUUAUUUAUGUUUUAUUCUAAAUGGAUUUUUUUUCCUCAACCAGGAAAGGCAGUCUAAUUGCAGAGGUGGAAGCUAGUAUGAAUGCCGAGGCAAACCCGAAUGCCGGGGGUUCACUAAUCAAAGCUAUGACACUGAUCAAUCUGACGGCGGUCACCGUCAAUGGUACUCGGCAGGAAGGUGCUUACAUAAAGGCUGGUUCCAUGGGUGAGUCUCGAGGACACCUGCUGUGGCUCAACUUCAUUUCAAUUUAUUUUUUUAUUAAUGUUCAAAAGAUUGUUUGAUCUAGCCUCGAGCUGUUCACUAUGACCCAAAAAACCUGACUUUUGAAAAACCGUUAACUACUGCUCUAAUUAAGAAAACAUUAAUUUGAGUUAAUGCGAUUGUCUUAAUUAAUAGUUGUGUUUUUUCAAUGUUGACAGAGUUAACAUCUGCCACAAGCCAGUGUGAUAUAAGAUCUGAACUAGACCCUUGUACCGCUGAUACAUUUUGUGCUCUCGAUUCCGAUGGAACAUCCUACUGUCGGCCAUAUAAGUAAGUAUAUCAGCCUUAGACUUGCAAAGCCAAAAUGUUUUUAUGAAGAGGAGGCCAUGUCUUUUCACUUCAAAGCCAACUAGGGGAUGUUAUUUGGGUAGGAGGACUGAUAGUCCAACAACACAAAUCAAGUUUAGUAUCCUAAAACAGAUAUGAUCUGUGUCGUUCAUGUAAGUAAUCAAACAUGCAUCUGGUAUUACAAGAUGUGCUCAAUUUAUUUGGAAGAAUCUGGACUGGAUCAAAUUGAAGAUUACAGGGAUACGAUGACACUGCUGACUGAAGUGAGUGAAGUUUUUGUAGGCGUGCAGUAACUGCUGACUGCGUGAGUGAAGUUUUUGUAGGAGUGCAGAAACUGCUGACUGAAGUGAGUGAAGUUUUUGUAGGAGUGCAGAAACUGCUGACUGAAGUGAGUGAAGUUUUUGUAGGAGUGCAGUAACUGCUGACGGAAGUGAGUGAAGUUUUUGUAGGAGUGCAGAAACUGCUGACUGAAGUGAGUGAAGUUUUGUAGGAGUGCAGUAACUGCUGACUGAAGUGAGUGAAGUUUUUGUAGGAGUGCAGAAACUGCUGACUGAAGUGAGUGAAGUUUUUGUAGGAGUGCAGAAACUGCUGACUGAAGUGAGUGAAGUUUUUGUAGGAGUGCAGAAGAUGUUGCAAAAAGAUAGGAACCAGCCAAGCCAAUAAAACUCAUGAUGUUUAGGUGGACAGCGGGCCUAGACUGCUCAAGGUUAAUGAACUCUGGACCUUGGAGAGUGUGCCUAGACUACUCAAGGAGAAAGUCCUCCGGACCUGGGACAAUGUGCUGAGACUGCUCAAGUUUCAAGUUCUCUGUACCUUGAAAUUCAAGGAGAUUACUGUCUGCAUUUCAAAGAUUUUUCAGAAUGAACAUUGCUUUAAGUUUGUUUCAACUACUGUUGCCUGAUAGCUGCACAGGUAAAAUGGGACUGGACCUCUCAGAGAAAACUGGCUGGAAAAUACUGAGGGAAAAUGGAUAGCUAUAAUGCAUUGGGGUAAAAUACAUACGGAAAAUACAUAUGGAAAAUGGUAAAUGUAUUCUGUGGGGGGAAGGCCCAAAUUCAUAUAUGUAGGUCUAGGCCUGGUUGAAUGAAAUGUUCAAGAAAUAAAUUUAGUAGUCUAGAUAUAUUUUAACACAUUUCUAAUAGAAUCAGUUUCCUUAUUAAUCUCGUAAAUCAGCAGUUCCCAAACUUGGUACGUGUACUCAUGGGGGGUGAUGCGGCGGACCGCCUGGGGAUUUGGGGAUUAGCAAAUUUUACUCAUAAAUGAAAAGUCUAAUGAAAGGGUAUGAGUGAAGAAAACAAAAAAGGUUGGGAAUCUCUGUCCUAAAUGACUACAUUAACCAAAAACUUCAGAGGACUGUCUGUAUAAGGAAAAUAAAUAAGUGUUUUGAAAAUAUAUUUUUAUAACGGUAUUAUUUUGUUUACAAAAUGUUGAAAAUGAUUGAACUAUGUACCAAUAAUUAUCUUGUUGUACAUCAGUUACAGGGGGACUGACAACAGAGACAAGUACAUUGGCAUCGGCAUAGGAGUUGGGGUGGCAGGACUCAUCAUCAUCGGUGUUAUUGUCGCAGCGUGUGUCGUUCACAGAAACAAAGCAAAAAAAUACAGAGGUUAA